UAAUGAAUAAGAAGGAAACAAUGCUUUACCUCAAUCUUUUAUUCCUUAUUCAGUAAAAGAACAUUAUAUUUUCUUGUGCUUUCUCGUGUACUCACGCUCUACCAUCAAAAUAUAUAUAGCACGAGCAAGCAAAGCAAAGCAAGCGUUGUUUUCGGGUUAACACGAGUAGAGAGGAGCUUCCUCUGGAAUCCCAAGCAUAUUUAUGGCUUUCACCUUUAAAAGGUUGAUCAGUUUCAUGCUUCCAAGUCCAGGGCAAGCACUCUUCGAGUCCGAAUCCCGUUGAUCGGCUAAAACCCACCGGUGGUGGUAGCGCGGAGGGAGCGAUUCUAGAAGGUGAAGUCAUGCAAGUAAGCUGCUCCUGGCAAUUCUGAGGGACCCCAAGCGAUGCUCGCCAACUGUUUGCGCAAAUGCCUAAGUGAAUUUAGUUAGCAAGAAAAGAUAUCUCAGGAGUUUAGUUCGUUUUUGCCAAAAAAUGUGGCUCCGACGAAUCCAGAACUCUUUUGGUCUCCGACAAAUUACCGGAGAGACUGCUGCUAACUUGAUUGGCAGGGACAAUAAGCAGCUUCUAUGUUGUGCAUACUCAAGUACGUUGAUAUGCGUAGGCCUACCAAGAAAGCUCACAAAGCAUGAUCGGAAGCCGAUGGUGACUAGUGUGAAUGAACUAAAGCGCGAAGCUCAGUUGGUGAAGAAGCAGAGGCAGACAGUACAGGAGAUUCCUUUGAAGGCUCCUGAUAACGGAUUGUUGGUCAAGGAACUGGUUCCGGUUGCUCAUGAAGUAUAUAAUUCCAGGACGGAAUUGUUUGCUUGUGUGUCAAGAGUUGCCCAAAGCAUCCCUAUUUAUACAUGCAGCUUGUGCGGAGAAGUUCAUAUUGGUCAUCCACCACACCUAAUUAGAACUUGCACUGCUGGGGCUCUGUCGAACAAAGAGCAUAGUUGGAAACGUGGAGGCAUAGAGAACAUCUUGCCUGUCAUUGAAUCUUUCCAUUUAUAUGAUUGGGUUGGGAGGGCCGUUUCACACAAUGAGAGGCUCCAAGUUGAUCGGAUCCCAGCAAUUGUGGAAUUAUGUGUUCAAGCUGGUGUUGACAUUGCAGAAUACCCCACGAGGAGGAGAAAGUUUCCUGUUUACAAUGUUGCAGGUAGAAUAGUCGAUUAUGAGCGUAGGUUUCCUAAAGAUGAUUUACGUGGGCAAGGCAUCAGCACAUAUGGGUUUUGGGGCAGAAAACAGCCAAGCAGAGCAAACUUACCAGACUUCGAACCUGACGACAUUCAAGGUGUUGCUUUGCGAGGCUUGGAAGCAUGGGAAAAUAUGUGUUCGGGAGCUGCAAGACUCAUGGGGAAGUAUUCUGUCCAAACUUGCGGAUAUUGUUCAGAGGUGCAAGUUGGGUCCAAGGGUCACAGAGUAAGGAACUGCUACGCUCGCAGGCACCAGAUGAGGGAUGGGCAGCAUGCUUGGCAAAAGGCAACUGUUGGGGAUAUAGUUCCUCCAGUUUAUGUGUGGCAUGUUAGAGAUGGGCAUGGCGGUGAGGCACUGGUAAAUAGUCUGAAGAGGUAUUACGGGAUGUUGCCUGCAGUCGUGGAACUGUUUGCACAGGCUGGGGCACAGAUAGGAGAGAACUACGCCGGCGUGAUGCGAGAAGAUGUAGUAGUGCCGGACUUGGAAGAAGAAAGAUUAGUCGUUUGAAGGCAUUGGCAUUUGUUUAUGAGCUUCAGCAGGAAUUUUGUUCGGAAUUUAAAGGGGCGUGAGUCGCUAAUCUGAGGAUUGCCAUCCCUUCCAUCUGGGAAUGAGUCCUGUUUACCGAAGUGCAACGGUGUAAUGGGGAUAUGAAGUGGGAAUGAAGGUACUGAAUGGGCAUGCUAGAGCUAGACUUCUCUCGAGAAGAGAACUUUCUGAAGUGAACGGUUAUCUCAAUUACAGCUUUCACGCCAGAUCAAUCCCACAGGGAAAAAAGAAGAUACAUCAAUGACCAGUCGAUUGACCGGAAAAAAUCCCUAGCCCCGCUACGAAAAUUAAGCAUAGUUUGUAAUGGUAUGAUAUUAUGAGGACAAUGUAAGAUGGAUUAAUUGAGUAUGCGAACUUUUUGCAUCCGGAAAGGGUUUAGAAUGGGUGAGUACUCAUUUGCUGGAA